GUUGUGAUUGGAAUGGUGGUGUGAUGUGCAUCGCGGUGGAGUGCGCAUCCUGAAGGACAGCGAAGUACGUGGAUAUUACGCACGUUGAAUCUCUUCCUCCCCUGACUCCCCGCUGCCGAACCCCCUUUUUCGUCCCCUGGUGCUCCCGCGAGAUCGAGAGAGCCGCGCGUGCCCGCGAUUUCUUCAAAAUCCGCCGUGGUCCAGCUCUCCUCUUCGCGGUGCGCUUCGCGUGGCAGCUUCUUCUUCGCGCUGAUGCCCACGUACAGUCGGUAGCAAUAACCACCACGUAAUCGCGGUGAGUGUGAGGUGAAGCUAACGGAAGAGACGGGAGAAAAAGAGAGACCGAGAGUAUAUUCGACGAAGAAGAGAGAAAAGAGAAGACGAGAAGAGAUAUCGGAGAUAAAAUACCAAGAUGCCGUGCUCCGCAGUGACGCUGUCUCUUGCCACCAUAACCGGUAUAAUCGCCACAGCCCUGCUGGCGAUCGCCUUCUCCACGGACAACUGGCUCUACACCGAGGUCAAGCGCGCUCAGAUCCAGCAAUACGCGAGCAAGCAUGCCGAGCAAAGCCAUUUGGUGGAACAAAUGAACAUGAAAUACUAUUAUUUCACGAGGACUCAGGGUCUAUUUAGGAUAUGUUAUCCUAAAGAGAGACCACCAACGGUCGAAACUUAUCUGAGUCCCGUGGAGACACAUUGCAUGAAUAUUGAUUAUUUCAUUCCCGAUGAAGAAAAUCAAACUAGAGGCUUCUCUGACGAUGCCAUGACACGAUUACAUAUGGGGAGAUCCGUGAUAGCUCUAUUCAUGGUCGCCUUUCUUGCGAUAUUUUCGGCAUUCUGGACAGGAGUAGUGGGCUGCUGGAGAAGAUCAGCAGGGAACAUCACGGCUACAGCAAUUUUGAUGUUAUUCGCCUGUCUUCUAAGUGCUGGUGGUAUGGGCCUUUGGCAUGGCGUCGAGUAUUAUGAAAAAGAAAAAAUCGUCGGAGAGGAAUAUUAUCAGCAAUGGAGCAACGUUUUAAGGGACAAUACGGCGCAAUGGUACGACUGGUCGUUUUACCUCGCCUGGCUGGGGGUAGCUACGUGUCUGGGCACAAUGACGCUAUUCCUGAUCGCAGCAUCCUGCCUGAGAAGGGAGCGUGCUCGCGAGCAGGCCCAGAACGUUCAGUACAUCAUGCCAGUGUACCCGCAGAAGCAGCAGUACGCGUAUGCCGGAUAUCCGGCACCGGCGGCGUAUCCAGGACCGUAUUAUCACGGUUCCCAAUACGGGCCCUACAAUUACUGAAGAAACUCGGCCGGUCGGCAUCGAUGGAAAGAAAAUAUCCCGAGCACACCAGUGCUUGUCGCUAACAACGAAAUUUCGCAUCACUUAGCAGAACGAGGACCAAAAGUAUUCAACACGAAAUCCGAGAGACUCGUCAAAGUCGAUCCGUGAUCGCGCUCCGUGAUGCAAAAAAUCUACCGAAGCGAUCGCGUCGAUUUAGAAUAUAAAUUUAAUCUCAAUCAAAAAUUCGUGACUUCGGAUAUUACGCAAAAUAUAAAACGAUAUUCCCCAUAAACUGUAGCUCUUUUCUUCCCGCGAUAGUCCGAUCGUUUGACUCUAUCCGACCAGAAGCAAAAACUCCAGGCAAUACGAAAAUCCGAAAGAUAUUCGAGAGAAGUCCAAAAAGAAUCCGAAAAUGAGAAAUUCUUUUUGGAAUGUUUUACCGCAUCUUUUGGACAUUCGCGUCGUUCGGGAAACUCGACUUGCGCGAGACGGUUGCUCAAAAUACGCGUACUUACACUUUAGAAGCGAAAUUACUUUGUAUUUUUCCAGUUCGAUAAGUAAGAUAUCGA